AUGCGCACUUUCACCCUCUUCGCUUCUUUAUUGACGCUAAUCAGCAGCGCCGUCGUCAAAGCAGCAGAUUACGGCCCCUGCCCCUACAACGAAAACGAAAAUUGCUGGGAAAUCAUGGACAACACCGCUUGCUUCUUGAACCCGACAAGCACGGAGCAGAUCUUUGCUUGUAUCUCUGGUGGGAAGGAGGGUGGGCGUGAAUACCGAUCCGCCGAUGCCGGCCCCGACGAGUGUUGA